AUGUUUUUACCACCGGUUCAACAUGGAGCAACGGUACUUAAUCGUGAAUUGUUUCGACGCACCGUUGAAGUUAUUGGAGUACGUGUACCUACAAACUCAGUAGCAAAGUUUUUAAAAGUAGUGAACAAAGAUUUGUUCAAUCAACCAAAACUGAAAAAUGUUGUGAACGAUCCUGAAUCAUCAAAUACAAAAAUUAUCUUGUUGAAUCCUAAAGUUGAAAGUUUAGAAUUGGAUAAUGUAUCUAGCGAGAUUAAAAAUUUCAUAAAGAAUGAGGGACUUGGUAUUUUAAAGCAUUCAGUUGAAUUGAAUUAUGAGUACUGGGGAGCUGAUGAUAUAAUUAAGGCAAUAUUACCAAGUGGUGUUGAAUCUCCAACAUCGUUUACUCAGGUUGGUCAUAUUGCACACAUGAAUUUGCGUGAUGAAUUCCUUCCAUGGAAAUAUAUAAUUGGUCAAGUUAUUCUCGAUAAAAAUCCAAAGAUCAAAACUGUUGUCAAUAAGACAGAUAUGAUAGACACAACAUAUCGAUUUUUCAAGAUGGAAAUUUUAGCAGGGGAAAAUAAUAUGAUUGCAGAAGUGAAAGAAAGUAAUUGUAGAUUUCGUUUUGAUUUCUCACAAGUAUAUUGGAAUUCGCGGUUACAUACCGAACAUAACCGUUUAUUGUCAAUGUUUAAAAAGGGCGAUUAUAUAUGUGAUGUGUUUGCUGGUGUUGGUCCAUUUGCAAUUCCAGCCGCUAAAAAAGGGUGCAUCGUGUAUGCAAAUGAUUUAAAUCCUGCAUCAUAUAACUACCUUGUUGAAAACAUUAAAUUAAACAAGGUACAAGAUAAAGUUCAUCCAUAUAAUUUGGAUGGAAAAUUGUUCAUAAGCAAGGCCGUGUUGGAUCUACAAAAAGCAUAUGACGAUAAUUCAGAAUCAUCUAAAACUUCAAAAGUAAAAAAUAAUGCGACACUACAAAAACAGAUAUCUUAUAAUUUCAAUCAUUUUAUCAUGAAUUUACCUGCAACUGCUAUAGAAUUUUUGGAUGCAUUUAAAGGUCUCUGGAAAGAUAAAGAGGCAUUGUUCAAAUCUUUAAAUUUAGAGCUACCAAUGAUCCACUGUUAUUGUUUCUUUAAGAGUGAUACGCCAGAGGCCGAGAUUGUUGAACGAGUCAAUGCAGUUUUAGGAUAUCCUUUACAAGAAGAUAUGUAUAAAAUUUACUUUGUUAGAAAAGUAGCACCUAAUAAGGAUAUGUUUUGCGUUAGCUUCCGGUUAAAUCAAGCUGUUGCUUUUGUUCACGGAAGUGAAAAACGUAAACAAGACUCUGUAAAGGGUGUACCUCAUGUAGACGAUAGUACGUCCGUUGAAGACGAUGACAUCACUAAGCAAGUUAAAAGACACAAAUUGGAGGAUCAAUAA